GGCAUUCGUACGCGUACGCUUGUCUUUUCAGUGUUUUGAUUUUUUGGGACACAUUCAAGAAUCUCGUUCGGCUUUUAGUUAGUUGGUGGCUAGUGUUCAGACUAUCUGUGAUUCUAGAUAUACAUUUUUUUUUGUUCUUAAGUUUAAAACACGCCGGAACGAUGGGCGGAUUUGCAUGGGUUACAUUGGCCACAAAUGACUCAUACUCACUGGGUGCCUUAAUUUUGGCCCACUCCUUAAAACAGGCAGGAACAAACGCACAGUUGGCCGUGUUGGUCACACCAGGAGUAACAAGUUCAAUGAAAGAGAAAUUGGCCACGGUAUUUAACCUGGUGCAGGAAGUUAACAUUCUGGACUCCAAAGAUGAGGCUAACUUGAGACUGUUAAAAAGGCCCGAGUUGGGCGUGACUUUCACUAAACUCCACUGCUGGCGAUUGACGCAGUUCGAAAAAUGCGUCUUCUUAGACGCCGACACAAUGGUCCUCCAAAACUGCGACGAGCUGUUCGAAAGAGAAGAACUGUCGGCCGCUCCAGACGUCGGUUGGCCGGAUUGUUUUAACUCCGGAGUGUUCGUCUUCCGUCCAUCAAACGAAACUUACGACAAACUUGUGCAAUUCGCAUUAGAAAAAGGCAGUUUCGACGGGGGCGAUCAAGGUCUUCUGAACUUGUACUUUUCGGACUGGGCCCAUAAAGAUAUCAGCAAACAUUUGCCGUUUAUUUAUAAUAUGUGUUCGACGGCAUGUUACUCGUAUCUUCCAGCCUUUAAACAAUUCGGCGGCAAUGCAAAAAUCAUCCACUUCAUUGGACCUGCCAAGCCUUGGUUGCAGUAUUUCGAUUCUGAAACGAGAAAAGUCAGCCCGUCAGGCGGUAUGCAACACUUACAACACAUCCUGCAAAAGUGGUGGGAUCUUUUCUGCGAGAAAAUCCACCCUAUACUUUCCAAAGAAAUGACUGGAUUGGCCGGUGCAUUUGCCCAGUUGACCUUGGGAGCGCCAAGAUCCGCCGAACAAAUGGCCCUUGAAGAUCAUCUGAGAAGACAGGGAUGGGAAGUGGGUAACAUCGAUUACCUUGGUCGCGAUUCCUUCGAAAAUAUCUGGAGCAAAAUAUGCGAAACACUUGCUGAACCAACGGAGACGCCAAAAGAAGCUGCUGCCACGCCUACUGUGACGCCAGCUGCAACGCCAGCUGCCACGCCAGUAAAGACCAAAGCCACAAAAGAACCAAGUUUAACUGCAAGUGAACUUCAAUCUACAGAACAAAUAGCCACUGAGGAAGUUGUAACAGAAAAAGUAGUUGAAAAGGAAGCUGAAGCCCCCCAACAAACUGAAGUUCCUAAAGAAGCUGCGCCAGAUACAGAAACUACUCAGCUCGCUGAACAAGUAGUGCCAACUACACAAGUGCUUCCACCCACGCCCACAAGCCCACUGGGCUUGGAAGUUUGCCCUAUUAAAACUCCCGAAGCUAGUCCUUUAGCUCUCCCAGUAACCGAAGUUUCGUCCCCACCCCCUAAACCAGAAGAAACCCCCGCUGUAGCCUCUGUCGCUUCAACAGAAUGCCCUUUGCCACCUAAAGUUGAAGCCGCUGAAUGUCCUAUGCCGGCUAAAGUCGAAGCUGAACCGGCCACACCUACUGAAUGUCCCCUACCAACUAAAGUUAAAGAUGAAUGUCCCUUGCCUGCUAAAAUCGAACCUGCUGUAUGCCCCUUGCCUCCUAAACCUGAAUCCCCUGUAAAAGUGGAUUCUCCACCAGCUGUUACAACCGAGUGCAGCUUACCCCCUAAGGUUGAAGCUCGACCUGAACCCGCCUCAGUUGAAUGUAGCUUACCUCAACCCACUGAACCCACAAUUGCAGUAUGUAGUUUACCACCAUCUGAAAGCCCAGUUCCUGCUAAAACUGAACCGAGUUUAGCUGCUAACGUAGCUGAAGAGAAGACCCCUGUAGAAACGCCAACUCUUCCAGAAACCCCCGAAGUGGUUGCCUUCAAAGUUCCAGAAUCAACCCCCAAGGCUCAAGAACCUUCUACUGCAAAGGCUCCGGAGCCUUCGUCUCCAAAACCCGAAUCGACCCCAACUCCACCGCCAAGAAAAGGCAGCGGAGGUUCAAAGAAAUCGCCCAAGUCGAAAAAAUGAUUUUUUUGAUUAACGUUUUUCCUGUAAGCACUAUGUUAUUUGAUGAAGUGCCUUAACGAAUCUUAAUCUAAACUGUAUUACCCCAUGGUGUGAUUUAUAUAAGAUUUUGAGAGUUCUUUUUUAUUUAUUUUGUGAUAAUGCUUAAUUUAUACUAAUUAUGUGUCCAGUUUGUGUUUAAUAAGAGAGAUAAAGAAAUUAGUUGGUAUUUUUAUGACCCUAUACCUAAGGUGAGGAAAUUUCUAAAAUGAAAAACCAGGACCCAACAUGCCCUUCCAAAAAAUAAACAAAAUUUAUUUUAUCCAAAAUCGGCAGUUAAGUGCCGAUUUAAUACGAGUAUUGUAUGCAACCCAUUAUACAUUUUAAGAUGUGUCUACUGCUCCUCAGCAGCAACUAAAUAAUAAACGAGG